AUACCUUUGCACAGAUCUCUGGCCACUGCAGUUAGGUCAGAAGGCUUUACCUGCUGUAGUGAAAGGGCCUCCCUGUGUGGGCAUUGCUGCCUCUGCAACAUGGACUCACAGCACUGCAAAAUGAGUGGUGACCCUUUCCAGGAAUCUAGGUACAUUGAAGACUCCUCCAAUAAAAAUGGUGUGAUUUCUUUGAUUUUCUCUCUGAAAGAAGAAGUUGGGGCAUUGGCUAAAGUCCUGCGCACAUUUGAGGAAAAAGGCAUAAACUUGACCCACAUUGAGUCCCGACCUUCCCGUCUCAACAAAGAUGAGUAUGAAUUCUUCAUUAACUUGGAAGGCAAGAAUGUCCCAGCACUGGACGCGAUCAUCAAGUCCUUGAGAAGUGAUAUUGGAGCAACAGUCCAUGAGCUUUCACGGACAAAGAAGAAGGACACUGUGCCGUGGUUCCCGAGAAGUAUCCAGGAACUGGACAGGUUUGCCAAUCAGAUCCUAAGCUAUGGAGCAGAAUUGGAUGCUGAUCAUCCUGGGUUCAAAGAUCCUGUGUACCGGGCCCGGAGGAAGGAGUUCGCGGAUAUCGCCUACAACUACAGACACGGCCAACCUAUUCCUCGUGUCACCUAUACGGAAGAGGAAAAGAAAACCUGGGGCACUGUCUUCAGGGAGCUGAAGACUCUGUAUCCAACUCAUGCUUGCUAUGAACACAACCACGUGUUCCCACUUCUGGAGAAGUACUGUGGCUACCGGGAGGACAAUAUUCCCCAGCUUGAAGAUAUUUCAAAUUUCUUGCAGAGCUGCACUGGGUUCCGCCUGCGUCCUGUUGCAGGCUUGCUCUCCUCUCGGGAUUUCCUGGCCGGGCUGGCGUUUCGGGUGUUCCACUCGACGCAGUACAUCCGCCACGCAUCCAAGCCCAUGUACACCCCAGAGCCUGAUAUUUGUCAUGAGCUGCUAGGACACGUUCCUCUUUUUGCUGAUCCCAGUUUUGCUCAGUUUUCCCAGGAAAUUGGACUGGCAUCUCUGGGAGCUCCAGAUGAUUUCAUCGAGAAACUUGCUACGGUUUAUUGGUUUACAGUUGAGUUUGGACUGUGUAAGGAAGGAGAUUCCCUCAAGGCAUAUGGUGCGGGGCUGCUGUCUUCAUUUGGGGAGCUGCAGUAUUGUUUAUCAAGUAAGCCUGAGAUUCAGCCUCUAAUCCUGGAGAAGACUUCCGUGCAGAAAUACCCCGUAACUGAGUUCCAGCCUAUCUACUAUGUUGCUGAAAGUUUUAAAGAUGCAAAAGAAAAGCUGAGGAAAUUUGCUCAAACAAUCCCUCGUCCUUUCUCUGUUCGGUAUAAUCCCUACACCCAGAGGAUUGAAGUCUUGGACAAUGCAAAGCAGCUGAAGAACUUAGCUGACACCAUCAAUAGUGAGAUUGGGAUCCUUUGCAACGCCCUCCAGAAGAUAAAAUGAAGAUUUGCUGUAACUUGCUAGUGACUAGAAGCUACCAUGUGCAAGUGCCAGUAUUUGUCUAGCCUCAAUCUUUUAUCUUGCAGGGUAGUGCAGGAAUGCUUAUGCUAUAUAUCUUAAUUAUUAGAGAUUAUCAAUGAAACAGACAUCUGCAGGUGACCCUCAACUCUUCUGGCCUUCAGCCACUAAUCCAUUUUUUUCUCACUAAUGUAUAAAAAUUACCUUAUUUCUGGGAAUCUGGGGGAAGCCUGUAUAUGUUUUGUGCCAAAGGUUAGCAGAAGGAGGAGAUCUUCACCAUGCAGAGCAAUAAUCUGCUGCACCUGUGAGGUCUGGGACCAGGAAUGGGAUGUCAAUGAUGAACAGAGUAAUCCUCUUUGCCUUCUGUCACAGUCACUCUCCCCUCAGUCCCUCCCAGUUGUCCAAGGUUUCCACGGAGUCUGAAACACUUCACUUUUCAUCUUAUAUCCUGAAAGGGAGAUCUUUCAGGGUAUAGUGGGAGAUUUCUCUUAAUAGACAUACUCAGCUACUCACUGUGGAAGGCUGAUGUGUGAAGGCUACAUUUUUUUGUGCGUGUCCUUCCCUGAGAGUGCCUUAUUCAAUACUGCUGCGAGGUGUCUCCUAACUUUCUGCUCUCACAACCUAGAAGGUAGAAACCAGCACCUUUGAAAUGGAGAGGAAGUGCUUGUUGCAACGCAGCUGAAGACAUCAGAGCCUUCCAACCCCUAACUCACCCACUAUCUGUGGCUAGAGGCCCCACCAAAGCUGUGGAAGACCUGGGUCAGCUAUGUCCCAUCUAACUGCAUUCAAAUCCAAACAUGUUAUCUUUCAAGACAGGCCCUAAGUGAGGACACCUUUUUGAAUCUCCACUGCCCAUUUGAGUUUUAAUCUCCCUUUUUUUGGUGAAAGCAGUUUUAUUUUUCCUGGAGUAUAUCUCAGCUGAGUCAGCAAAUGGAACCAAAGGUGAUUCCAGCUUAACUCAAUGGCUGAGCAUGGAGAGAGAAGAGUUUUGCCGUUCAGGAAGCUGUUUCUGUGUUUAUCCAAUAAAUUUCACUCAAAUCAGCUAAAUGCCCUCUCAGACUGGUCUGCAUUGUAGAAUACCUCCUGGCUGAAGGAGGGAAUCAGCACUUGAACAUUGGAGCAGAAGGGAGGAAAGCAAAGCUGAACAGUAUUUCCAGCCUGAAACAAUUUUGCAUCAUGACACUAACAUGACUCGGGUCACAUUUCUGUUAGGACAGUCAGAGAGGCAUUUGAAAGUCCAUGAGUCUCAUACCUGCUGUAGUAUUGAUUUCGUAUUUAUAGUUUGAAAAUCAAUACUGCUUUAAUGUAAGCAUCAUCUUUUAGGAAGAUAGAAAGUGCAUCUGUUUUCAUUAUAUAUAUGGUAGGUAAUAACAUUAAUCUAAGGAUACCAGCUGGAACUCUUUUUAAUACACAUAUACUUAUGCAAAAUGGUAUCAUUUUGAUGCUUUGAAGUAAUCCUUUUUAUCUCUAUCUUUUUUAUUCCUUUUUUUCUCAUCACAAUGUCCCUCUAGAUCUUUCAAUCCCACUUGACAUGUAUUUUCAGUGAGAAAGUAGCCCAUCUUUUUCUCUCUUAAUAUAAUAGGACCCAUGCGGUAACUGUAUGCUACAAAGAGACAAUUUCAUCCCAAGGGUAAAGUCUUUCAAACUAAUCCUCAGACAGCUUUCCAAGCUCCUCUGCUUCUGGUUGUUGCUAUGAAUGACAGUAGUUACAUGGUGAUAUUGAGAACCCAGGAUUCAUGAUUUUCUUUUAUGUGCAAGUGGAAUAGUUAGAGAAUAUUGAUGCCACAUGUCUCAUUCUCUGUCCCUUAAUGCAGGUUUAAAUGAGCAAUAGCUCCAGCCAAAGCAGCAUAGCAUGGCUGCUCAGCAAGACAGAGAUGAGAAAAAGUUAAAUGUUCAGCAUUUUAAAAGCAGAGGAAAUGUAUGGAAAGUAGAUUUUCUUGCAGAACAAAUAGCUUGUACAUAAGUACUCCAAAUACUGCAAAUAAAUCACAUUUUAAAUAGUACUCCUUAAUGGGUGACUUCUUAUUUCCGUGCUUAAAGAAAGCUACAGCUGUGUAGGAAAAUGCUUUUUGCAUUAUCUGAACAGUGUAAUUCCUCCUGUAUGGUAAUCACACAAGUCAACCAGAACUAGAUACCCAGGUAGGAGGGCAUGCCCGUCUGAGGUGUUCCCCAACACAAAAAAAGGCUCUCUUGCACUAGCUGAUUGUCACUCAUCCAGCCAAGAUUAUGAGACUGAUACAUGUGGAGAUACAGCUAGAAAGCAGAAGUGAGAGCACUGCUAAACUCAUGUCAGAAGCAGACGCGCUAGCGCUGCUAGGCCGCAAACCGUGGCAGGCAGUAAGGCCUAUAAUGAAACAGUCAGCAUAAAAGGCAUGCUGGGUAUGUACCUGUGAUAGUGCUAGCUUCUGGUUUUGCAAUGUUAUUAAGAAACAUAGAUAUGGUUGUUAUAGUGUUUGCUGCUUAUAUAACUGCUUAUAUAACUGCAAAAAAGGUAUAAAUGCUCAGCUCUGUAUCAAUAAAAUCGGCUUAUUGCAUCCAA